AUGUGUAAAGUGGUUGAAUAUUUGAAGAAACACUCGGAGGAAGGUGUAUGGAAAGAAGUAUUCAUGGAUUUUGACAAGAAUUUCUCGAAGGUGGAUCAACCAGUUUUGUUUUAUCUUCUCUUAGCUGCUGAUUUUCAUAACGAUAAGGAGAUGAUGGAUGUCGUGUGUCAAGAAGUUGCUGAUAAAAUCAAAGGUGAAACCCGAGAGGAAAUACGUAAAAAAUUUGGUAUCAAGAAUGGUUUUACUCCAGAAGAAGAAGAGGAGAACUGUGUCAACGCCAAUUUAUAUGCAACUGGUCCAACCCUUUCAAGUAUCUCAUAA